GGAACCACCCUUCAUAUAAGGAGUUAUAUAUGACCACCACCCUUGUAUGGAAAGUGAUCACCAGCCUUAAAACCAGCUAGACCCCAUUUUCGAUGAAAUUAUCUUCGUGUUCCCUCGUGUAGAUGCUGGCCCGUUGAGUGCUCUAGUAAUUAGACAUAGACGACAUGACGGACAAUACGCCGAAACAGGUACCAGCGGCGGCUGAUGCUGCCGACGUCAUAGCGCCCGUAGAAGAAACCACUGGGCAUGUUCACGCCGUCAGCUCGCGAGCAGAUAAAGCCGCCCAGUUUAUCGCCGAGCAUGGCGAGAUCACCUUCACGUAUGAAGAGGAGCGCGAGGUCCUCCGACGUAUCGACCUACGGAUUCUCCCUCUCAUCCUCGGCGCUUACUUCUUCCAGCAACUAGACAAGUCGUCCCUUUCAUACGUGUCUAUCUUCGGUAUUAUGGAAGAUGCCAAUCUUAAGUCGAUAGAAUACUCAUGGCUUGGAUCUAUCCUGUAUCUUGCGCAGCUCAUCUUCCAGCCUCUUGCUGCUUUUCUGCUGGUGAAGCUUCCUACUGGAAAAGUGAUUGGGACAGCAGUUAUCUGUUGGGGUACCUGUGCAGCAAUCAUGGCGUCUUGCACUAAUUUCGGCUCGCUCCUAGCCAUACGUUUCCUCCUGGGCUCGUUCGAAGCUAUGAUCGCCCCUUCGUGCUUAGCCGUGACACAGAUGUGGUGGAGGCGAUCUGAGCAAACGCUCCGUGCUUCGUACUGGAAUGCUAUGAAUGGCGUAACAUUCAUCGUUGGUAGUUUGGUAACGUAUGGCCUCGGCCAUGUCGCCAGUACGAAGAUAUAUCGCUACCAGACUAUCUUCAUCUUUUGCGGUGUUCUCACUGUCCUUUUUGGAAUCAACUUCCUCAUAUUCAUGCCCGACUCGCCCAUGGAGGCUAAGUAUCUGAGCGAACGCGAGCGUAGCAUUGCUGUCGAACGUUUGCGCGCUAACCAGAUGGGUGUCGCGAGUCGACAAUGGAAAUGGGAUCAUGUUAUGGAAACGUUUACGGAUUUUAAGACUUUAUUAUGGUUUAUCCUCAUUGUCGCAAUAUCAAUUGCAAGCGGAGGUAUUAGCACAUUUGGCAAUCUUAUCCUCAAGGACUUUGGCUUUACCAGCUUCAACGCAAUUCUCUUCAGUAUGCCGACGGGAGCAAUUCAGGUUGCCAUUAUUAUCGGAUCGGCCUGGAUCGCUACUAGGAUAGGACGAAAGGGAAUUGUUAUCACGGGCCUUAGCUGUCUCCCAACAAUCGGAACGAUCCUCAUGUUGACAGUGCCCCGAAACGAGAAGAACAAAGGAGUUCUAUUGCUAGGCUACUAUCUAGUUCAGUGCUUAGGAGCGAUUACUCCUAUGGUCUAUGCAUGGUCUGCGCAGAAUACAGGGGGUGAUACUAAGAAAAAGACCAGUUCGGCAAUGAUGUUUAUGGGAAUGUGUACAGGAAAUGUCAUUGGUCCCCUUUUAUACAACACAAAGGAUGCUCCAUUAUACCGCCCUGGUCUUAUCGCCAAUCUGGUCAUGUUUGUCACAGUUGGUAUUCUUGGGUUACUUAUUCCGAUGUACCUCAUGUUCUUGAAUAGAUGGCAUUCUAAGAAAAGGGAAGAGCUCGGAAAGCAGGGCAAUAUUAUCGACGAGUCUAUGGUGAGAAGAAAGGAUAUGCAGGGCAGUAAAGCCGUCGAGAUUGAGCAGAACGAGCAGGCCACCAGGAACAUUGAGGACGACAACGGCUUAAACGAUCUGCCAGAUCUAAAGAAUGAGGAUUUCAUCUAUGUAUAUUGACCUGGAUCUGCAAAUUUUCGUUAUAUGCCUAGAAUAUACAUGCAUCCUUGCGGCAGUUACCUUUUAGGAGCGUGUGCAAGGAAGGAAAUAUUGG